GAUGUGGUGGGCAUUGUUUCGAAAUGAAGGAGGGAUAACUAAUCGAAACGAAAGAUAUCGAUAUCGGCAUCGGAAAAUCCAUUUCGGAUCCCAACGGUCGGGUGGCUGCAAAUUGAUCAUCAAAUCAAAUUCUUCCUUGAUUCAAGAUAUCCAUUCGAACACUUUCAUAAACACUUUCAUAUCCAACACAGAACUCCAAAAGCUACUCGAAUACACCUAACAAGCAACUCCAGUAUCUGCCAAAAUGUCUACAGAACCCAUUUCAGUCUUGUUCGUCUGCUUGGGAAACAUUUGUCGUUCAACCAUGGCGGAGGGAAUCUUCAGAUCCAUGGUUGCCCAGGGUCCUUACGCAUCCUUGGUCUCUAAUGUUGAUUCAUGUGGAACUGCAGCCUAUCAUACUGGAUCUUCCCCAGAUUCACGUACCAUGGCAACGCUUAGAGAGAAUGGAAUUUGUGAUUAUAAGCACAAGGCUAGAAAGGUAUCUAUCAAUGAUUUCAAGAAUUUUGAUUAUAUCUUUGCUAUGGAUAGCAACAAUCUUGAAGAUCUCCUCUCUCUAAAAAAGAGAACUGAGGGGAAAGCCAAGGUUAUGUUAUUUGGAGAGUAUGCUGGAGGUUCUAGCCCCGAGGAAGUAGACGAUCCUUAUUAUGGUGGCAAUGAUGGAUUCAAGGCUGCUUAUGAACAGUGUACGCGGUUUUCCAAGAAUUUCUUGAAGGCGACUUUUCCGGAUGUUGAGAAAUGAAGGGGGUUUGAUGUUAUGAUGCCGUGAUGCCAUGAUGCCAUGAUGCCAUGUAUAUAUGAUCUAGAUGGAAGGAUAGAGAUCACAAUUAUAUGAAUGCCCAUUAGUCCAUGUAUUAGUGGGGGAUGCAAUUUGACUUUUGGAGAAGGUUUUUGCCUUCA